CCUAAUUAAUGGUCAUUCUAGCCCUAGCUUUGAGUUACACAGGAGCUGCCCGCCAAACAGAUAACACUGUUAGAAGAAUGUCACCUGCCUCAGUCUCAGGCAUGCUGUACAUGCAUACACAUAUGCGUGUUUCUGGAUUUAUCAACACCAUACUCAAGGGACUAUUUGAGUUGCCUGUAAGAAAGUUUUUUUUAUUUAUUUUUUUAAACCAGAAAUGAUUUUCUAAUUUUCUUCCUCUUGCUGCUUGGACAUAUUUCCACAUGAUGGCCACCUCCAAUGGCAAAGGUGAAAAAGUUUCAAAAUUUGAGACAUUGAAACUUUUGGAAAAAUGCAGAAAGGAAAGAGAUGAUGCCAUGCACAGAGAGAGUGUUCUCAGAGAGAAACUCAGACAGUAUGAGUCAAGAAUGCGUUCAACUGAGGCUUUGAAACAGAAACUGAAGACCUUGACAAUGGACAACAAGGAGCUGAGGAAACAAGUAAAGGCUCUGCGUACUGAAAUUGGACUUGAGUGCAGCCCUAAGUUCAAUGGAAAGACCACCAAGGACAUAAUCAAUGACCUGCAUGAAAAGGAGUGCGAGUGUGCUUCUCUGGUGGAGAAGGCAGGGAAACUGAGUCUGACCAUUGAUGACUUAACAUCCGAAUUGGCAAAUACGGUCACCUCUAAAACACUUUUAGAGGAUCAAGUGCAGUCAUUACAGCAAAAUCUUAAGGACAUGACAAAUAAUCAACGCCGUCUUCUAAAGCUGUGGGAAGACAAGAAAACCCAGAGGGAGCAGCUAGCUCUUCCUGCAAUUACCCAGAAACCUGUACAGAAACCAUUCGGGCAUAAAGCAGUUCAAACUGAGAUGUCCAUUAGUUCAUCUCAAAAGCUUCCUGUCAAUGCUUUUGAGACCAAGCCAUUUUCUCGGGACAAUGACAAAAAGACUGUUUUGGAUAAACACAGUUUUCCAGCUUAUGGAAAUGGCUAUCAUCAUGACAAAAAACCUUUCACGCAUGAUGAAACUAAAGGAAUUCAGAACUGACUUCACUCACUGAGUGUCAGCUGGUAACACUGUGCACUGACAAGGAAAAGACAUAGCAAAAUGUUACUGGACUAAUAUUUAAUACAUAUGUAAACUACAGAUGAUGAGUAAAACGAGACACACAUUUAACAACGUUAAGCAGAUCUAUGGCUUGCCUUUGUGCCUUGUGUAAUUUGAUCUUGUGACAAUGUUGAUAUUUGUAUAAUUUAAAUGUAACUAACGAUUAGGAUAAUUGAAGUCAACCGUCAAGCAAAAACAUUUUUUGGCAGUCGUUUGUGAGUUAUGAAAAUGAGCCAGACAGAC